AUGUUGAAAGGUUUCAGAAAGAAGGCUUCCAUGCUUUCCUUGUCGCUGCAGCUGUCUGCGGAUGACACACUGGAACAACACGAACGCUAUCAGAAGGUUCUCAGACAAGUUCGUGACUUUGAGAUCGCUCUUCAGGCCAUGGACUUCUUGCUCGACGACAGAGGUGAUCAGGGUACCGAUCUCUUGAAAACUGAGGUCCAGAGAAACAAGAAAGUGGAUCUGAAGAAUCCAGGCGCCAUCUUUCCUUUGGCGUUGGGUGUUAUGGAGUUUAUUGAGGCCACCUUGGGGUUUGAAACCGAGGUCAUGAAUAGGGCCCACAAUACCUUAUCUGAAGCAGAGGAAGCUUCCCUUAGCCACUCCAAGUACAACCAAAAGAUUCAUCUUGCCACGUCUCACAUAUACCCUCCAGGCACAGAGUUUCAAGUGACUUAUGCUGAACUGACAUUGCUUAAUGCGCUUGUGAUGCUUUUGCAUGAGAAUAAUGGUAUGAUGGAACAGGCUAAGGCCUUGUUCAAGUUAAGAAAGGCUUACCAAAUUCUUGACGCUACUUUUAAGAAGAUCAAGGAAUCGGAAGGCUUGUUUAAUCAUAACUUGGCCAAGUUCCGCAAACAGGCAAACGGUUCUCUGGUUUCGUCUGUGGACUUGCCGGGCUACGACAUACCAAGCUCCAAGGGAUCCGCCAACUCUUCCCUGGCUUCCUUGCCUGAGGAUAUCAAGUUGAUGAAAGACAUGGAACAGAUUUAUCAGAUGAGAAAAUCGAGAAUUGAAGGUACUGGCGUUUCGUGCUCUCAGGUGAACUUGUUCGCAGAGCUGGAAACUCCCUCUUUGUCUUCCAAGAACAGCUUACCUUCUCUUCAAGAACAUACCGGCGUUCAAUCAAGCAGACCAAGAACAGCGACACCUCCUGUUGCUGCCAAUUCUGCUUUUGCUCGUAAGAACAACCUCAGUCUGUCGGAAGAAGAUGAUGGUGAUGAUAACGAUGAAUUUUCGGACGCUGGAGAUUCUUUCACCGCUACGAACCCUACUAUGAACGAAUACUCUUUCAAUAGAGGAUCCUUGACGCCGCCUACGACUCAAUACGGUGCCUCAAGUGUGAAUGAAGGCACAAAGGGUUCCUCAGCAGUGUCUGUGAACACAUCUGAAAGCUCCUGCGCUUCUUCCAACGCUCAUUUGCAUGUCUCUACGAUUGAUGAAUUCAUUCAUUCUGGCGUGCAAUUGUGUUUCGGUAUCUUACAAGUGGUGCUUUCUUUGAUCCCUCCAGCAAUCGGUAAGGUUCUCUCCAUUGUUGGUUUCAAAGGUGACAGAGACACUGGCCUCCGUAUGCUUUGGCGUACUGCCAUUACGGCAAGAAACAUCCACGGUGAAUUGGCUCUCUUGUGUCUUUUGGUCUUCUACGAUGGUCCGAUUCAAUUUAUCGAUGUUGGGUUCCAGCUCCCAGGACACGAGGAUUCCAACAUCACCGAUGUACUUUCUAUCUCAGAGAGAUCCAGUAUUUCUGAUGACGACUUAACCAUCAUAAUCAGAAACCCUAACUUAUACACGAAGCAAAUCCUUGCAAAGGCAAGACAUCUUUUCCCCCACAAUGCCUUAUGGCUUUUGCAAGAAGGAAGAAUGUUGGCCGCCCAAAAUAACAUCCACAAGGCUAUCGAUCUUAUGCAAUCUUUCACAGAUGACCCGGACACCAAAAUCAAUAUGGAGCAGGUUGAAGCGCUUCUUACAUUUGAUAGGGCGAUGUUAUACGCAUUUACCCAUCAAUACGAUAAGGCCGCAAGGGAUUUCCUUAGACUUUUAGAGAUCAACUCAUGGUCCCUGGCAGUCUACUUGUUCUUCGCCGGUUCUUGUUACUUGGAGCAAUGGCGUAUGAUUUUGGCUGACGAAGUCAAGUACGAAUCAAGCAAAGAGCGGGAGGAAAAAUUGGCUCACUACGCUAAACAGGCUGACCAUUAUUUGAAGUUAGCACCAACUUAUGUUCCUGGUCAUGGUCACAAUGCCACUAAAAAGAAGGGUGGUAUCGGCGGUAGCAAUAAGCAGAUGCCAUUUGACAAAUUUGUCCUACGCAAAACAAAGUUACUUGAGGAAACGAAACGCAAGAAUCCUGAUUUAGCUUAUAUUGAGUGUGUUGGUACCUCUCUUAUUCAUGAGCUUGUCUACUUUUGGAACGGUUAUAACAGGAUGACCCAAGAUGAUCUCAGGCUCCUGAACCGUAUGUUGAAGUUCUCAACAAGCAACUUGGCAAAGAUUAGCGAAACUUUCGAUGAGUGCAUGACAAGAAGCUUUUUUGAGGCCAUCACUUUGAGACAAUUGGGUGAUGUUAAGGAAGGUUUGUCAAAGCUUGACAGUGCCGUGAUCUCAAAGUACGUUAUCCAAGAUUCUGCGCAUGCCCCAUUCAAGUUUACCAAGAUGACAUACGCUCCGUAUCUUUACCCAACGGCACUUUAUGAGAAGGCAAUGUUUGUCUGGAUCCUCAAAUCUAAGGAUGAUCCAAGCAGAGCGAUCAACGAAAGUGUGAAUUGGUUGAAGAAAGCUGAAACAACUUCGGAUAUCGGUGAUUACGAGUUGAGCAAUAGGACAAGUAUGAGAAUCAAGGCAGCUUCAGAGAGAUUGGAGCUGUUGAAGGAUCAGUUGUGA